UGUUUGUCCAAGGACCGAAGCUUAGUGUACAAAUAAUUUUUAUCAAUACUCAGAUAAUAGAUUUUGUGGAUUUACAACGAAAAAAUAUAGUGGGAUGAAAAUCUUAUGUAACGGUUCGCCAAAGAUAAUGGACAUAUACGUAAUAGAAUAUGAAUUGAGCGGGCAGACAGAAAUACAGGACGAAGGGUCAGGAUAAAUUUUAUCAAGGAUUAUUUGAAGGAUCCUACGAGGAGAUUAUUGAAGAUACGAAAUAAUUUAAAAUAAAUAAAAUACUUUAAAUUGAGAUAACAUAUAUUUGAACUAUUUUUGGCAAAACUUAUAUCCUCAAAAAUACUCUAACUGAAUACUCUAACAUGCCAGAUAUGAUCAAAGCUGGUAUAAGGCCCUUAAAAAAUCAUAAGGGCUGGUGAUAUUUUAGUCUUCCAAAUUAUUACGAUGUAUAUAAUCGCGACUAGAAUUAGGUGACAGUUUUAUUUUGAAUGUAUUGUGUGUGAAUUUUGAAUUGUGAAGAAGACGAAGAAUGGGUAAUACUACAACUCACGAACCUCUGGAAGGCAGAUUUACCAGGGGCGGACUUGCUGCUAAUCAUAAUGGAACGCAAAGCGGCGGCCAGCAAGGCCAGUCGGCGGGCAGCGGUCAGCAGAAGUCGGCGCGCAGUUCGCUGCGUCAGUCGCGCUCCUCGCCGCGCAGGAUGGACCGGCUAAGGCGCAGCUUUCGCGACUCCUUCCGCAGGCGCAAAGAUCGCGUACCGGAAAGCAGUAAACCGCAUCAGUGGCAAGCAGAUGAAUCUGCUGUACGUGCUGGAACAUGUACAUUUGCAGUCAAAUAUUUGGGAUGCGUCGAAGUUUUCGAAUCGCGUGGAAUGCAAGUUUGUGAGGAGGCCCUUAAAGUAUUAAGGAACUCCAGGCGAAGAGCAGUCCGAGCAGUUCUGCAUGUGAGCGGCGAUGGUCUUCGUGUUGUGGAAGACGACACAAAAGGGCUGAUUGUUGAUCAAACAAUUGAAAAAGUCAGCUUUUGUGCUCCAGACAGAAAUCAUGAACGAGGAUUCAGUUACAUAUGCCGCGAUGGAACUACACGGCGCUGGAUGUGCCACGGUUUCUUGGCGAUGAAGGAAAGUGGCGAGCGGCUGUCCCAUGCGGUCGGCUGCGCUUUCGCCGCCUGUUUGGAACGAAAACAGAGGCGUGACAAGCAGUGCGACGUCACAAUGACGUUCGAUCAUAAAAAUAAUACAUUCACCCGCAGCGGCUCUUUCCGACAACCCAGCCUCACGGAAAGACUGGUAGGAGAAUCGUCCAGCAGCGCAAUUACCCAAAACGUGAUUCCUGUGAAACCAUUCAAUCCAUUUGCGAUCGAACGACCUCAUGCCACUCCGAGCAUGCUGGAAAGACAAGGAUCCUUCCGUGGGUUCGAUCAGCUGAGCAACAAUUCACCAUUCAAGCGCCAAAUGUCGUUGAGAAUCAACGAGCUUCCGUCUAACGCUGAACGUCAACGUGCUUAUUUGGAUAUUACGACACCAGUAAGACCGGCUGUUUCUCCGAUACCAGAAGUGUCGCCGGCGGAAUCUGUUAGUCAGAUGUGUCAACAGCUCAGUAUGGGGUUAUCUUUACUCACUCACAGUACUUCAGACGACUUCAAUUUCAACAAACAAUCGUCUGUGAACCAGAAUUCGGUACCAAUAAAAUCGCCACAAGAGGAGAGUCCUCGCAAGUCGGCGUUUGGUGCCGUAACUCCGAUUACCACUGCGGCUACUACCAUCAGUGAAGUCGCAGCACCAGUUGCUGCUGAAGGUUUACCAAAACCAGAGCAAUGGCUUGGGCAGGUUGUGAAUUCUACGAUAGUGUCCCCCAAACAAACCCCCGUAGCCGCUGUUAGUCCCCGCCGAGCUCCCGGACCUAUUCGCGCGCGUUCUCUGUGCACAUCAGAUGGUUACCCACGUUCACCUGAUGAUCCGUUUGAUGCGGAAUGGGCGGCCAAUUUGGCUAUCAGGCAAAAUACCUCGCCUACUAAAGUUCCGACUACAACAUCUACAAAUCCUUUUCUAUCCGGCAAUUCUCCACAAGCAUUUCAAGUGCAGUUGUAAAUCUAUUACUAUUUUUAUAGAAACUUGUUUUGUAAAUAGUUUUCUAAACGAUUACGCGGGAUCAUUUUUCAAUCCCAUAUUCAUGAAA